CCCGAAACUUAUGUGUUUUCAGUUUGUUCCAAACAUGGCAGUGUAUAAUCUUGCCACGGAACCAAAACUUACGGUAUAUUUGACAGUUUUGAUUUGAGGUACCAUUUUUUCUCAAACAAAAGACCCACCUGACUAGGAAUGGCAGUCUACCGCAGGACAUUCAUACCAGCGUACGCGGCCGCGCCUCCGGAAGUUGUACAGGCAAUUUCUACGGACGCUAAGAAGCAUAUGGGAGAUUUGUCCGCCACAUUGAAGAAACUCGAUAGAUUACAUGGCAGUUUAAUAAAAGAGUGCAAGCAAACGUGGUACGAUGUUUGCCCUAAGUGUAAGGAUAAGGUAAACAAAAUUGAGCUGAAAAGUUUUGUAGACACGGAAUGUCAAACAGAAAAAGAUUGCUUUAAAGUAGCCUUCAGUUCUUCUUUUAGCGACGAGAUAGGUGGCUUGCAGACUUCAGGAGUUGACCGGAAAUUUAAUUUUCCAUCUAACUUAAAAAAACCCAUUGGGGAACAUGAAUCUCGAGGAAAAUUACGCACAGAUGACGACUUUUCAACUCAGCACCAUCAAAGCAAAUUAACACAGGAUGACAUGCACGAUACAAAAGCUGAAUUGGAGUCGUGUGAAUCAAACUUAACCAAUUUGGAAAAAGGAAAAGCAGAGGAGGAAAUGAUUUCGCCCAAAAUGGAUGCACUGACGGAGAAAAUGAAAAGAUGGAACCUAACGAGGCCUCAUGAAAUUCAAAAGCUAGAAGAUGAAAUUAACAAAAACGAGAGAAAGAACCGGCAGUUAACCUCAAAAAAUGAAACAUUGCAAAAAGAAGUGGUCUCAUUCCAAACAGAACGAAAAAGCUUGCGUGAGGAUGUCCAAAGACUAACAGAAACACUCACAAUCUCCGAAGGAAAAACAUACUCUUUGGAACAAACUUUGGAAAAAAAGGAGGAGGAAAUACAAAACUUAAAAGAUCAGCUACAGAGCGAAAGAGACAAAAUGGUCGAAAACGAUUUUCCAAAGGACGUGCUAGAAAACUUGACAAGUGACAAAGCAAAUCUGAUAAGUGACAAAGCCAAACUGAUCAAUGAUCUAGAAAGCAUGCAGCAAGACAAACUGAGCAUGCAGCAAGAACUGGAAGGGAAAAUGACAAAGCUGCAAGAGAAAAAGAAAAAAGCAAAAUCUGAAAUAGAAAACUUCAGGAAAACGCUCGAUUCAAAAGAUGGCGAGGUACUUUCAUUGCAACGCGACAAUGACUGGCUCAAAACAAAAAUGCAAACUCUCAAAGAAGAAAAGGAAACAUUACAAAAUGAUAUGACAUGUCUGGAAAGUUUUAAUGAAGAGUCAAAGUCGAAGAGCAAAGAGUUACAUAAGACGAUUGAUGAACAGAAAGAAAAACUCAACUCACUGAAGACCGAUAAGGAAAACAUAACGAGAGAUAUGAAAACACUCACGGAAACAAAUGAACAACUAAGGAAGAGUUUGAAUGCUCUUGAAGAAGAAAAAACAAAGAUGCAGACGGACCAUGAACAUCAGAUGGCAGACUUUCGAAAACAUAACACCACGUUAUCGUCGACAAAUUCAGUCUUACAGCAACAAAUCAGUUCAAAAGAUGACGAAGUGCUUUCAUUGAAACGCGACAAUGACAGGCUCGGAACAAAAAUGCAUACUCUCAAAUGUGAGAAGUCAUCACAAAAGGAUAUGAAAGAUCUGGAAAGUCUUAAUAAUGAGCUAAAGGCCAAGAACAAGGAGUUGCAUAACGCCAUCGAUGCACAAGAAUCAGAACACAACUCAUUAAAGACCGAAAGGGAAAAUAUGACGAGUGUUAUGAAAACACUCACGGACACAAUUGAACAGCUAAGAAAGAGUGUGAGUACUCUUGAAGGAGAAAGGGAAAAAAUGCAGACGGACAUUGAGCAUCAGAUGGCAGACUUUCGAAAACAUAACACCACGAUAUCAUCGACAAAUUCAGUCUUACAGCAACAAAUCAAUGCACAAGAAUCUGAACUCAACUCACUGAAAUCCGAUAAGGAAAUUGUGACGAGGGAUAUGAAAACAGUCACGGAUAAUAAUGAACAACUAGGAAUGCGCUUGAGUGCUGCUGAGGGAGAGAAAGCAAAGAUGAAGACGGACCAUGAGCAACAGAUGACAGACAUUCGACAUAAUAACUCAGUGUUAUCAUCGACAAAUUCAGUCUUGCAGAGGCAAAUCAGUUCAAAAGAUGACGAGGUACUUUCAUUGAAAAGUGACAAUGACAGGCUGAAAGAAAAAAUACGUACUCUCAAGGAAGAGAGGAAGACAUCCCAGAACAAUAUCACUGAUCUCGAAAAUCUACGUGUAAAGCUUGUAUCGGAAAGCAGAGAGUUACAGAGCACGAUUGGUACAAAAGAUAACCUUAUACAAUCCCUGGAAACUCAAAGCAAAGAUCAUGCAAAGGAUUUGAAGAAGUUGGAGAGAGAAAAGGAACAACUCAAAACAGAAAUUAGGAAACACGGGGAAGAUAAUGAUCGUUUGACAAAGAAUGUACGGCUGCUUGAGGAAAAAAAUGCUGAACUCACAAAAAAAGUAACAACCCUUGAAAAAGAAAAGGGCAACAUGACAAGAAACAUAGAUGAUCCUAAUCGUUUAACGAUGAAUUUGACGGAACUAAACGCAGAAAGAGAACAACUGACAACAGAUCUUAGGAAACAGAAGGAAAAAAAUGAACAGUUAUCAAAGAAUGUUAAGACGCUUGAGGACGAAAAACAUCAACUUACAAACGGAGAAACGUUACUUAAAAAAGAAAAAGAGAACACGAAAAGAAAUAUAACAACACUAGAAAGAGAAAAGGAACAACUGACAAUGGAUUUGAGAAAACAUGAAGAAACCACAGAACUGUUAUCAAGGAAUGUAAAGACGCUUAAGAAAGACAAGAAAGAAUUCACAGACAGAGUAGUUGCUCUUGAGAGAGAGAAAGAAAGCAUGGCAAGAAAUAUAAGGACACUAGAAACAGAACAGGAACAACUGACAACGGAUCUUAGAAAACAUGAAGAAACCAAGGAACUGUUACCAAAGAAUGUAAAGACGCUUGAGAAAGACAGGAAACAACUCACAGACAGAUUAGUUGCUCUUGAGAGAGAGAAAGCAAGCAUGGCAAGAAAUAUAAGGACACUAGAAACAGAACAGGAACAACUGACAACGGAUCUUAGAAAACACGAAGAAACAAAGGAACUGUUAUCAAAGAAUGUAAAGACGCUUGAGAAAGACAAGAAACAACUCACAGACAGAGUAGUUGUUCUUGAGAGAGAGAAAGAAAGCAUGGCAAAAAAUAUAAGGACACUAGAAACAGAACAGGAACAACUGACAACGGAUCUUAGAAAACAUGAAGAAACCAAGGAACUGUUAUCAAAGAAUGUUAAGACGCUUGAAGAGGAAAAGAAAGAGCUCAUAAACGGAGUAACGGCACUUAAAAGAGAAAAAGAAAACGUGACAAGAAAUAUAACGACACUAGAAGCAGAAAAGGAACAGCUGACAAAGGAUCUAAAGGAAUAUGAAGAAAAUAAGGAACUGUUAUCAAGGAAUGUAAAUACGCUUGAGAAAGACAAGAAACACCUCACAAACAGAGUAAUGGCUCUUGAAAGAGAGAAAGGAAGCAUGGCAAGAAAUAUAACGAUACUGGAAACAGAAAAAAACCGACUGACUAUGGAUUUUGGGACGCUUGCGGGAGAAAAGGAAAGUUUGGCCAAUAAUCUGGGGACACUCGAAGAAGAGAAAAUAUCAAUGGAAACGAACUAUGAGCUAAAGCUAACAGAACUCAGGGAUUUGCAACAUGAAAAUCGUUUAAAGGAGGAGGAAAACCACCAAAUGAAAAUGGAGAUUUUAGAAUUAAAGACACCAAAAAAGAAAUCUAUCGUUUUGGGAGUGAGAUACGGCAGUUCCAUAGGAAAGACAAUGGUGGAUAUGGUUACAAGAGAACUGACGAAAGGUUUAGAGCAGAUGAUAGACACAACAAAAUUCGACCUGACCAUUAAACUUUAUCAGAAAGCAUCAGAAACCUCGAAAGGUCCAAUGGUCGUGCUAUGUUUGAACAUAUCAAGUGUUGGAACAAAUAUACAAGACGCACUAGCAGGAAUUGAAGUUGGCAGUGAUGUCAUGGUGGUGGUGCUUCACCAUACAAGUAAAGAGAACUUUUCGUAUCUGACACCUGCGAGUCUUCGUGUAAAGGGGAAGGAAUUCAGAAAGCUUGGUGCUAUCCUGGACAUGGUCUUUAGCAGUGACAGCGGGCUGUAUGAUUGUGACCUGAACACCACAACCAUUGACAAGUUGGCAACGAUUCUGAUGAAACGCUAACGACAUAUUUUGUAAGGAAAACCAAAGACGUAAAACAGGGACACUGAUGACGUCAAAAAUUGACUUAAAAGAAUAAGUUAAUAGUUAAGUAUUUUUCUCUCUUCCUUUUUGCUUUUCCAUCUAAAUUUAAGAUUUCUAACGAAACAGCUUUAGUGGAGCAUGCUGUUAAAAACCGCGUACAUUCGUCCACACUCCAUUCGAGUUUAAUG